CGUCAACGCCUCCCUCGGCCCUGAUCAGGAAGUGAAUGUGUGGGAAAUAGAAAAGCGCUCCCUAGAAUGACAUAGAAGCGGGUGAGGUGGGGUACAACGAGACCGUGGGACUAACGGAGGACUUGACACCUAUUUGCAUCCAUCCAGGUGCAAAGCAGCGGUAUUUUGGGAAGGCGCGGAGCACCGGAGAAAAUGCUUAUUAAAGAAUUUCGAGUGAUCCUACCAAUUUCUGUGGAGGAGUAUCAGGUAGGGCAGCUGUACUCAGUAGCAGAGGCCAGUAAGAAUGAGACAGGUGGAGGAGAAGGUGUGGAGGUGCUAAAGAAUGAACCCUAUGAGAAGGAUGGAGAGAAGGGCCAGUACACACACAAAAUCUACCACCUGCAAAGUAAAGUCCCCUCAUUUGUGCGAAUGCUUGCACCAGCGUCAGCCCUGAACAUUCAUGAGAAAGCUUGGAAUGCCUACCCAUACUGCCGCACAGUAAUCACUAAUGAAUACAUGAAAGAAAACUUUCUUAUCAAGAUUGAGACGUGGCAUAAGCCUGACAUGGGACAGCAGGAUAAUGUUCAUGGUUUAGACCCAGACACCUGGAAAAAGGUAGAUGUUGUGUACAUAGACAUUGCAGAUCGGAGUCAGGUGGAGCCAAAGGACUACAAACCAGAAGAAGACCCCACUAAGUUUAAGUCUGUGAAGACUGGGAGAGGGCCACUCGGACCUGACUGGAAGAAAGAGCUUCCCAGAAAGACAGACUGUCCACACAUGUGUGCCUACAAACUGGUUACUGUCAAGUUUAAGUGGUGGGGCCUGCAAAACAAAGUGGAAAACUUUAUUCAAAAGCAAGAGAAGCGCUUGUUCACUAACUUCCACCGACAGCUAUUCUGCUGGAUUGAUAGAUGGAUUGAGCUGAACAUGGAGGACAUCCGCAGAAUGGAAGAGCAGACCAGGAAGGAGCUUGAUGAGAUGAGAGUGAAGGAUCCAGUGAAAGGGAUGGUGGCACUCGAAGACUGAUGUUGCUCGGUGGUGCUAGAUGCUGCCAUUCAUAAUGAUCAGACCUGAACUUCUGGAGGACCAGCAGCAUCAUACCCCCUAAAGUCUUUUUAAUGUAGUCCUUCAUCCAACUCUUCGUUCUAAGCAUUCCUCCUUUCCAAUGGAGCACAUUGACUUAAACAGGCUGUCAUCCCCGUUCAAAAGUUAUGCCCGAUUUGUGAAGUCUACCUGCGUAACCAGCACAGGGAUGUUCAGCCAGAGCUCUUUGUCAGAUCGCUACAUUAUUGUCUGGCACUCAACAAAGUUGUUUAAAGAUGUUCAAUUCUAUGUAAAGCAGAAAAUAUUUGUGUGUACAUAAUUAUAUUCAGAAUAUAUAUUGGCAGUUAUUGUGACAGGUGUACAAACAGGGUUUCUAAGUGAUUGGCUGCGUCCGAAACCGCAUACUUUCCUACUAUACAGUAUGUGACAAAAGAAAUAUGUCCGAAUUAACAGUAUAAGUACACGGAUGACCUACUACUUCCGGAUAGAUUCUGAAGUGUGCUUUCGAUGGACACUUUUUUCCCAUAAGGACAUGGGAGAGGAUUUGUGAUGGAGAUGACGUGACGCAACUGACUUAACAAUGACAAUAUGGCGAAUGUAGUAUGUCAGAAAGUCCACACAUUCAUCCUAUUUACUGAUUCAAAUGUGUACCUACUCAAAUAUGCGAUUUCGAACACAGCCAUUGUUCUUCAAAGUUUUUCAGUGAAAAAAGUUGUUUAUAUUUUUUGUUUUAAUCUUAGUGAUUUGUUUUUGUUGCUGUAUGGUUUCAGUUCAUUCUACUUUUAUAAUUUACGUAUUUUCAACCUAUCAGCCUUUUAGGUGUGUCUCUGAAUCUUUACCAUAGUAUAGUAGGGUACCAUACCGUGACCCUGCCCUGUAACAUUCAUUAUGAACUCAUCUUGACUAGAAGCUGCUCGGUCAUGUUUAAGCGAAGAUCAGGUUAAACCGUCAGAUUGAAUAGAGAGAUCAAAAGCUUAUUCUGGUCAUCUCAGCUCUAUUGAACAGUAUCAGACACAUGUCCAUGAAAUAAGCUGACAUUUAAAGUAUUAAUUGUUUGUUAACUGAUCGGUUAUGUGUGCAUCAGUAUUAAUGAUGCAGGUUUUCAUCGUCUUGUGUUUCUGUUUUCUGUUGUGUGUGACAAUUUACGUUGGUCAAAAUAAUUUUGGUUGUGUGUUUUAGAGGACAGGUGUAGCUGCCCCUCACCCUUUUUAAUUGGUUACAUCAAAAAUCAAGCCCCACCCUCUUUUUUACUUAUUGUACCAUAGGUUAAGCUGAGGCAACACCUUGUCAUUUACAAAAAAGUUUAAGUUAGAUUUUUUGUCGUUGUCAGUCACACAUUUGGAACCCAAUGGGAAAAUCAAACCUGUUUUGUUGAAUGAUUAUUCAUCUUAAAACCCUUUUAUAACUUGUCCUGAGGAUAAACAAAAACAUUUAUCCAGAUAUUAGCAAUAAUACUUACCUUCCAUUUCACCAACUUCUCAAAACACUAUUGUUUAACUCCAAGUUCUCUGAAUGUUACAUUAGGACUUCCGAUUAUUCCUAGUUUUAUUAAUAUUGAAUUGGAGGCAAAGAAAAGGGUUGAGUGUAGAUUUUUAAGUCUUUUUCCUGUCACGUGAUUUGCGUAUGGAUGUGCGUGCGUGUUUAAAGUUCUCAGUGUUUGUUGUUUCGGCGUGAGAGAGACAUCCGACAUGUAAGAAAUUGGAGGUUUACACCCCUGUAUUUCUUUUCAGCAAUGCUUGGGACCCAUGAUAUGCAGGCAAAUAUUCACCUAAAUCCACUUAGAGGGAGUUAAAUUUCCUCAUGUUGCCCAAUGUCAUGGGGUUAAAUUGAAUUCUUGAGAAGUGAAUGUAUAGGUGGUGCAGAUUGAGUUGUGUUAAUCUUCUUCCUUAACAUCAUUGCCCUAACACAUCCUUUAGCAAUACACCAGAACUGCAUUGGUCCUGAGUUUAAUCUUGAUAAGGUAUGGAUGUAUUGAAUUGUAUAUAGUAUAUAAAUAAAUGUAGAUGAAUACACACAUAUAAUAUAUAUAAACUAUAUUCCUAUAGUUUAAAUUCUCCUGCCAGGCUAUCAGCACAGCCUUCCAUUACAUUUAGUGGUUAGCAAUGGCUGGAUAUUGCCUGAGGGUGAGGUUACUGUAUUUUCAUAUGACUUUAUUUGAUCUUGUCCUUUGAAAAUGCAGUGUUUGGUUCAUUAUACGUACAAGUAAAUGAUGGUUUAAGGAAUUUCUGCUGCCUCCUCUCGAUUACAAAUAAGACCUGAAGUGAUGUUAAUGAACCCUCAGAUAAUCUCCACCCAUUACUGUCGCAGGCUCCGCCCCUCAUUCAAUGACCCCCUUUCUUUGGCAGGAUGGUGUCUAAAUGCAAUGUUUUCAUUCAAUGAUUGUUGUUGUAUUUUGCUGUGAGCUGUAGAAAUCUGUCACUUUUAAAAUCCCUUCAAACAUGACACUGUGAACAAAGCCACGUUUAUGAUUUUUUCAAAGGCGCAUUAAACCAGCACAAGCUGGUGUUUGAUUUAAAGAUGACAUUUACUAUCUAGAUAAAAUGGUCAUUACAGUUUGUAUUACAUUACAUGAGGCAGAUCACAGUAAAACUUUGUCAUAAAUAUGAUGUUGUUAGAUUUCACAGUUUGUUGUCAGAAAUAAAACCAUGUGAUUCCAAAAAUCCCAAAAAUAAACAAUAUUUAUGAAUUCAUGAUUUCCUUCACCCCA